GACAGCCUAGCUUGAGUAAUACGUCUAUACUUCAUCCCAAAUGCUCCGGUAAUUGCAGCGGUAACGGUAUUUGUACCUUCCAGUACAACUCAACUGCUGCUGAAUGGAUACCGGCUUGCUCCUGCUACCCCGGAUAUCUUAGACCCACCUGUUCGUCAAGAGUGCAGACGUUGGAAGGCGAUGGAAGCGACGGCACCAAAAUUAUUUCUAAAACAGAAUUUUACAACUUGUGUUGCUCUUUCAGGUAGCGCCGUCACAGACUCUACCGUAAUUGCAAUUAACUACGUUGUGCCUUGGUUAAAAGACGGAGAUGAAAUUCUAGUUAUUCAAAUGCAAGGGCAGACUGCCGGUAUGUAUGAGUUCAAUAGAGUUCAAAAGGUUUUCCGUUCGACACUUCAUCUCACACACCCACUUGUGCACAACUACUCAACAUCUAUCAAGACAAGAGCACAAGUAGUCAAAGUACCCAACUACUCUGAAUUUAGAAUCAAGAAGAACGGAAAACUUGUGGCACAAGACUGGAACGGUACGAGCGGUGGAAUAGUAGCCAUUAGAGCUAAGACGUUUACUCUUGACGAGGGAGGAUCCAUUGAUGUUGACGGAAAAGGUUUUCGUGGUGGCCCAAAAAGAGAUGGCGGCGGAUACUGGAGUGGAGCUACAGGAGAGUCGUGGCAAGAUACAGGAUUUCCUAGAAAAGAUAAAAAUGGUAGAAAUGCCGGAGGAGGUGGAUCAUCUUACUGUUACUGUCUUUACAUAGCAGGAGGAGGAAGUUAUGGUUCAGUAGGCUUAUUUUCUAAGGGGACACCGACAUGUAGUCGUGGCGUGCAUGGCCAGCUCGGUGCUGUGUACGGCAACUCUAGUCUGACAAAACUUUUUCUGGGUUCUGGAGGAGGAGGAGGUUGCUCUUAUUAUACAUCAAGCAGCAGCGUUAUGGGAUAUGGCAAAUGUGUUCCAAAUUCUGGCUCGAAUGGUGGAGGCAUUAUUUACAUCGGUGCUGCAACGGCAACUCUACAUGGCACACUAACAUCAGCAGGAAAUAAUAACAUCGCAAAAGCAACUGGCAAUUGUCGUCAAACCGUCGGUGGACCAGGUAGUGGUGGUUCUAUAUUACUGCGUGCCACAACGUUGACUCUAGAUGCUGCAACUGGUGUUUUCAAUAUUAGUGGAGGAGGCCGUGUCCAAAUCUACAGCACCAGCUACACUGGAACAGGUGGUAGUGGAAGAGCUCGAGUAGAUUACGAGACUCUGAACGAAUAUCCACACCAUAGUGCCAGUGCAAAGACAAUACAGUCUUCAUUUCCAGAAAUAGAAUAUUGGGGAAGUGUGGUGCCCUAG